UCUAAGCCAAGCUAGCACGUGUUAACGUUGCUCUCAGCCGCAGAAAAUGCUCACCUUGUCCCACCUUAGCUAGCAGUGAUAGUUUGGACCUAUCUAUCUAGGUACAUUAGCAACGUGCAUAAGCUUCUGCUGAUCAAAAAAGGUGAAGCUUUGCCCAAGUUCAAACCCCACGAUGCCUCGGAGUUCCGAUGCUGUGCUUCUAAUAGUAUGGCUUGCAUAUCACAUCAUAUGGCAGAUAAUAGCGGCGCGGAUGAGGGAUGCGAUCGUUGCCGUUCCCGAAUCCUACUCAAUAGGAAUCCUAACCGUCGAGGGGUUCGGAUGCGGGUUUGAAGAAGGGCGCAGCUUCGCAGCUUACAUAGACGGGCCUCGGCUCAUGUAUCUCCAUUUGUGUACGCCAAGAAAUACGAGGUUGCGUAAUGUUUCCUUCAGCAUCUACAGAGUACAUAGCAGCGAAUCUCGGCACAUACCUAGAAAGAGAGCAAUCUGGAAAGCGUUGAUCUUUUGUUUCAUGGCUGGUCUCUGCAGAGCAUUGCAGAGCAGGACGCUGUUGGUUCAACUUGGUUGGAUCCGAGAUGUCUGUAGAAAACGGAAACCGGCGAGAAUCAUAUAAUAGAACUAUUAAUGUGCUAGGUAAAAUUUAGUAGACUCGAGGUUGUUGAGUUUCAACUUAUUAGUCGAGAGUGGGCAGAGUGGGGGACCA